AUGACUACCCUGUCAACCUGCACCUCUUCUGAAGAAAAAGAAAUAUCAAAAGUGUUAACUGAAGAUGAGGAGGACUUGAAAGAUUACUGUACAGGAGGCUAUCACCCUAUUAAAAUUGGCGAUGUGUUUAAUGAAGGAAGGUAUACUGUUGUAAGAAAAUUGGGUUGGGUUGUAAAAUCAGCAACACAUUAUACAGAAACAGCUUUAGAUGAAAUCAAAUUACUUAAGAAAAUAGUUGAUGCAAAUUUAAAUGCGCCAGGCCGUCGUCAUAUUGUAGAACUUUUAGAUCAUUUUCAACAUUCAGGUCCUAAUGGAGUUCAUGUAUGCAUGGUUUUUGAAGUACUAGGUGAAAAUUUAUUAAGUCUAAUCAAAAGAUACAAUCACCGUGGUAUACCGCAUCAUUUGGUCAAGCAGAUCACAAAACAAGUGCUUAUGGGAUUAGAUUAUAUGCAUAGAGAAUGUGGUAUAAUUCACACUGAUUUAAAACCGGAAAAUGUUUUAGUGUGUAUUGAUAACGUUGAGGAAGUUAUUAGGAAUGAGCUUGCAACUGGUGUAAAACCAGUAUCAACUACUUCUUCCACUAGAAAAGGUCACAGUGUUUGUAUAACUGGUAGUCAGCCACUCUUAUCACCUUCAUCUAGAAGCAUAGAAGAUAUAGAAGUAGCCGACGAUCGAAUAGAAAUAAGUAACGAAGAAGAUUAUAUCAAGGAUGUUGAGAUGACAGAUGCAUCUAAAACUCCAAUAGAUACGACAUUAACAGAAACAUUAGAACGUAAUCUUAAUGAUAUAUCCCUUGUUGAUUCUUCUAACAUAACUUCAUCUUCUAUAAAUGCUAAUACUAAAUCACAAGCUAACCUAUCUCGCAAAUUAUCAUCAAAAUGGACCACUCCAGAUAAAAUUACCGUUAAAAUUGCAGAUCUAGGUAAUGCUUGUUGGGUCGAACACCACUUUACCAAUGACAUUCAAACAAGACAAUAUAGAAGUCCGGAAGUGAUCCUUGGAAGUAGAUGGGGCAGAAGUGCUGAUAUUUGGAGUAUGGCUUGCAUGGCAUUUGAGUUACUUACAGGUGAUUAUUUAUUUGAUCCUCAAGCAGGUUCAAGAUACAAUAAAGAUGAUGGCAAAUCAUAUUGCCCAAAUCGUGGAAUUAUUAGGAAUAUUUCCAAAACAUUUAGCAUUAAAUGGUAA